UAAACAUGUCGAUGAUCACUGUUCCAUUUACGGUACACAAGUGUUGCUUUCCUUUUCAUGCCGACUGAUACUUAUCCAUCCUUGCGACAUUACUAUUGCUCUUCCUCUGUUUGCGAGUGUUUAUCUGCCUACAGAUAGGAGUACUACUUUUUUUCCUACUUCUCUUAUUUUCUUAGAAAUAAUUGAAUUCAGAAAUCUCCAGCUCACCUUUUUUUUUAAUCUUCUCUUGGUGCCUAAGCUAAGCUUUUGAUCCGCAUGCCGCGCACAUGGAUCACAUCCGGGCCUUAUAUAUGGACACAUGUUGCUCGCCGAGGAGACCCAGAACCAUUUCUGAGAAGAAAAGCUCGCGCCUGUCACGUAGCUGGGGCGGCGGCCGGGCCGGUGCCUACUGGAUAGAUCGUUCAUGUGCCACGCCGCGGUGGCGGACUCGGGGGAGCAGCACGGGCGGCGGCUUCUCGCCGCCGGCGACGGCGGCGGAGGAGACCGCCGCCAGCAGCAGCAGCAGCCCCAGCCGCUGGAGCCCGUGGUGAUGGAAGCCAACACGGCGGCGUCGCCGGCGCUGUCGCGGGGCAGGCAGGCCCGGGAGAUGUCGGCCAUGGUGGCCGCGCUGGCCAGGGUGGUCGCCGGCUCGGCGCCGCCGGCCAAGGCGCCCCCCCAGGCCGUGCAGGAUGCCUCCGCGGAGGAGGCGUGGUGGCCGUACGACGAGCUCGCCGCCGAGCCGUCCCCUGCUUUCGUGCUCGACGGCUACAGCGAGACGCAGCCGCUGCCGGAGCACUACUGGCCUUCGGCUGCGGCGGCGACAGAGGCGGCGACUUCCUCGCAGACGCAUUACCGUGCCGCCUCUGCUGCCGCGGCCGAGGAGGAGGUACCUUCGCCGUCGUCCGCCUCCGCCGCCGCCGGGGCGAGCAGCAGCGGCAGCGCGGCGACGCGGAAGCGUUACCGCGGCGUGCGGCAGCGUCCGUGGGGGAAGUGGGCGGCGGAGAUCCGUGACCCGCACAAGGCGGCGCGCGUGUGGCUGGGCACCUUCGACACCGCCGAGGCCGCCGCCCGGGCCUACGAUGGCGCCGCGCUUAGGUUCCGCGGCAGCCGCGCCAGGCUCAACUUCCCCGAGUCCGCCACGCUCCCGUCCCCGCCGCCGCCGGAUCCGGCCUCGCGCGCAUUGCCGCCGCCGCCGCCCAGGCCGGACGCGCUUCUGGAGUCGCAGGCUCAGGCGCCCUCCACCGGCGGCGGCAUGGAGCAAUACGCGGAGUACGCCAGGCUCUUGCAGAGCGCCGGCGGCGACCCCGGCGGCUCAUCCGGGACGCCAAGUGGCACGUUGCCUCCCCCUCCUCCUCCUGCAGCGUACAGCUUCGCCGCCCAGGGCGUGACACCGUUCAGCUACCUGUCGCCGCCGCAGAGCCGCGGCGAGCCAGCAGGCAACCCCGCGGCGGCGUGGGCGGCGAGCCACUACCACGGCUCGUACCCGCCGUGGCGGUGGGACCACUCAGGUUGACCCCGUCAACGAAAAAGGUUGCCUACGUGGAGAGAUUCAGUCAGCCCCUUUAACGCCACGUGGGUGGUCGGUCAACGGUGCAGGCGGCGGGGAAGUCGUGGGGCGGCACGAGACGCCACGUGGACUCUCGCUGUCACUGACAGGUCGGCCGCUGUCGGCCGCUCACGUCGUGGAAAGACGCCGUCAAGCUGCUGGGCCUGUCCGUCAGUCCUUGUCCCGGUUGCGGCGGUCAGACAGUUCAAACGGCGCAGGGUCAGAUGGACGGCGGAAAACGGCAAACGUGAUUUAGAUUGGAAUCAACGUCGCCUGGAGUCACGAGCAUGGAGAGAAACGAGCCCUGGGCAUAGAUAACUUUCUUCAUCUUUUUUUAAAUUUAGAUUUAUAUUCAAAUUUGAGUGCUUUCGUUGAAAUCUUUGUUCAAAUGCUCUCUACCACUCUGUUCGGCUGGCUGUGGCCGGUGCUGAUUUAUUAUGAGAGAAAAAUACUGUUGGCUGGCUGUGACUGGUGGCCGGUGCUGGUUUGAUGUGAGAGGAAAAUACUAUUAGCUGGUUACAGAUGAACAUAAUACAACUACAACACGUGAAAUGCCCUCCUGGCAA